AUGUCCGCCCCAAUCCCCCAGCAGCUGCUUCAACAGCCUCCUCCCAUGCUCCGUAAUCCCCAUCUUGAGUCCCAGCGAGCGCCUCAAUCUUCUCAGAUUCCCCAAACUCCUCAACAGUCCCCGAGAACCCUCCAUGACCCUCCCCAGCAAGCCACCGACUUCUGGGUCCUCAGCAGCAAUCUGGCUGCCAAUGCUCUCUACUGCGCUGCCUUCCCUCUUCUUACAGGUCUCUAUGCUGCUCGGGGUCUGUCUGAUGAGCCUGUCAAGCCUGCCAAGUGGGAGACCAAGCUCAUAAAGUUCUUCAACACUGAUGUCGAGAAGCUGAACGAAUGCUACUCGCCCCUGGUGGCCCUGGGAUUCCCCUUCUUCGCCGCAUAUUCCAACAGUAUGGGGAUUCUGUCGAUUCUGUGGUCCAACUGGAUCGGUCUCAUUCAGAUUGGCGAUGACCAGCACAUGCUUAGUUUGCUCCAGGGGGCAGAGCAGAUCACCAAGGGCUUCUCGUGGCUCGCUGGAUUCCUCAGUUUGGGCACUCUUGGAAUCUGGACCUACCGAAGACAACAGCGACGAUCCGCACAGGCCCCCGGCAAGUCCCGAUUGUGGCUCAUCGGUGCCCCUGAGGUCUCUCUUGCCUUCGUCAGUCUCGUAUUCUACCCUCUCGUUGCCACUCCUAUUUAUUGUGUAUAA